AUGGCAAAGGCACGCACUUCACUGCGGAAUGCAGAGGCCAUUGACGUUCACGAAGACUCUAUAAAUGCAGAAGAGUCUGAAGAGACUAUGGACGAAAGCAUGGAUCCGCUCGACGAGAGUGGGCAAACAGUCGACAGCAGCGACGAGGAAGUCGAGGAUUCCGUCCAAGAAGACAUGGCGCGCUUCGAAGAGACAUUUGUCGGUAUCAGCAAGCGCUUUCGACUGAUCAACCGCAUUGGAGAGGGAACCUUUUCUACUGUCUACAAAGCCGAAGAUCUCGAGUACGAAAAAUACAACAACGACUGGGAUAUUGACGAACGAGAAAAGAACAAGAGCAUGUCCCCUUUGCGCAGGAAGCAGUCCGCCCGCCGCCCCCACUAUGUGGCCAUCAAGAAGAUCUACGUUACCAGCAGUCCGAUACGCAUCUUCAAUGAGCUCGAGCUUCUCUACGACCUGAGAGAUUCAGACUCAGUGUGCCCCCUCAUCACUGCUUUCCGUCAUUUGGACCAGGUGGCUGCUGUGCUACCUUACUUUCAGCAUCGCGACUUUCGAGAUUACUACCGCGACAUGAAGAUUUCCGAUAUGCGCUUCUAUUUUCGAAGUUUGUUCACUGCCCUUGCAGCAGUACACAAGAAAGGUAUUAUUCACCGUGAUGUUAAGCCUACCAACUUCCUCUACAACACAUCGCAAUCGCGUGGUGUCUUGGUCGAUUUUGGCCUUGCGGAACGAGAAGGCACAGAUUGGCACAACUGUGCCUGCCACUUGAACGAAGAGGAUCGUCGCUACAGGGUAUCCCACAGCGUCUACGCCCAGACACAAUCAGCAGGUCACAACGCUUCCGCCUAUCCCAAGAACGACACUCGCAACAGCAGACGCGCCAACCGAGCAGGCACUCGUGGCUUCCGUGCCCCUGAAGUGCUUCUAAAAUGCACUCAGCAGACCUGUUCUAUCGAUGUAUGGAGUGUGGGAGUCAUACUUUUGACCAUGCUCUCGCAUCGCUUUCCCUUCUUUCACAGCGCAGACGACAUUGAUGCGCUACUCGAGAUCACCACUAUAUUUGGAAGAAAGAAAAUGCGGGAGACAGCACUCCUACAUGGCCAAGUCUUUGAGACGAACAUACCUAGCUACAGUGAAGGCGGUCACAGCCUAGAGAAGAUUAUCCUUUGGUGCACAGGCCGGACAGGCGACAAGACCCAGCCCAAGAAGGAGCUUGAGGAAGAAGAGAAGGAAGCCGUACAGUUCUUGUACCGCCUUUUGGAGUGCAACCCAGCAAAGCGAAUCACCGCCGCUGAGGCUUUGGAACAUCCCUUCCUUGCCAAGGUUGAGGAAGAAAGCGAGGCAGAGCAGAAGGAAGCGGCUGAUUUCGCCGAAGAACAAGAAUAG